AAUUUAUCUCCUCAUCGCUUCGUGUUGAAAGAAGAAGAAAAGAAAUCAAAACCCCAAAAUUCGCACGCUUUCCAAUGGCGCCAAAGGCAGAGAAGAAGCCAGCCGAGAAGAAACCGGCAGGGGAAAAACCAGCAGAAGAGAAGAAAACGGUAGCAGAGAAGGCUCCGGCAGAGAAAAAGCCAAAAGCCGGCAAGAAACUACCAAAAGAAGGCGGAUCAGCGGCAGUAGACAAGAAGAAGAAGCGAACUAAGAAGAGUACAGAAACAUACAAGAUCUACAUCUUCAAGGUCUUGAAGCAAGUUCAUCCUGAUAUCGGGAUCUCAAGCAAAGCCAUGGGAAUCAUGAAUUCGUUUAUCAACGAUAUAUUCGAGAAGCUUGCACAGGAAUCUUCCAGACUUGCAAGGUAUAAUAAGAAACCUACUAUUACUUCUAGGGAGAUCCAGACUGCUGUGAAAUUAGUUCUUCCUGGAGAAUUGGCCAAGCAUGCUGUAUCUGAGGGUACUAAGGCUGUGACUAAGUUUACUAGUUCUUAGACAAGAAGUAUGAUUUUAGUUUUAGCUUUUGUUACAACAAAAAAAUGGUGAAAAUAGGAUACUUUUUCUUGUUUCACAGUAACUGUUGCUGCUUUGCUUUUGGUUGUGAUUAUGUAAGUAUUCAAAAUUGAUGUGAUAUGAAUUCUGAUUUUCGAUCU